AUGUCGAAUUCAGCUCAAUCUCCGGCUUCUGUUUCAGAAAAUGAGACCUCGAAAGGAUCCCCUCCUCCUCCGCCAAAUGAUCAAGAACCACCCACUACAAAGCCUCCUCCCCCCUCAACUCCAUCUCCAUCUGACUCUGCUUCGGGUUCUGCAUCUGGAUUGCCUUCCACUUCAGAAGAAGGGCAACCACCCCCUCCCAAUCCAACUCCGCCUGCUCCUGAAGACGCUCCUUCUUCGUCCCCCCCACCUCCACCUAGUUCCCUCUCCCCACCAUCUUCACCAUCGUUGAGUAGCCCUCCUGCUUUUAAAGCACCCCCACCUCCAGAAGCGUUGACCAAUCCAGCUUCUCCUCCUCUUCCAGCUGCUUCUGGCCAGCCUGCAUCACCUCCUCCAGCACCACAAGAUUCACUAGCUUUAACUCCUCCACCUGUUGUGACCACUUCACCACCUGCUGAAAGCCUGCCAGUUAGUCCUCCCCCUUCAGACGCCGGAACACCAUCUCCUCCACCAUCUUCUCAGCUUUCCACUCCAGUUCCCGAGAAGCCCGUUGACCCCUCCACUUCUCUUACUCCGCCAGAGGCUCCACUUUCAACAUCUACUCCCACCCCUCCGAGUGUAAUCACACCUGUGGAGCCAAACCCAUUGAGAGCUCCGGUUUCAAAGCUGCCUGACAGCGUCCCACAGUUGGCACCCCCUUCCGUACAAGCAGGUUCAUCUUCUUCUGAUCACACGUCAAACAUAACUUCAGACGGCUUUGGAAGUGGAACUAUUGUCGGUGUCACACUUGCGGGAGUUCUAGUUGCGGCUAUAGCCAUUUUCCUUGUCACAUUACACAGGAAAAAAAGAAUAGACGGUUUGGUGAAACACUACAGACCCCCUGCUAGUUUCUCCGUAAGAUCAGGUAAAGUUUUCUGUUUAUUCUUUUGAUGGCUUUAUUUUCUUGUUCCAAUUCAAUUUUUGUUUUGUUUUAUUGUUAUUUUAGAAGGGUACUACAGACAGGCAAACCAAACUGGGAGUUCCGACCGUUCAGAUACUUACUAUCCUUCAACUGGGAAUACGACUGGGAGUUACAGAGGUUAUGCGCUUCACAGUGGUCCAGCAGAGUCUGCAGGAAUAGGGAAUUCUAAGUUAUGGUUCACCUAUGAGGAGAUAGCGGAUAUGACACAUGGAUUUUCUAGGGAAAAUCUUCUUGGAGAGGGUGGAUUUGGAUGUGUUUAUAAAGGUUGGCUUGAGGAUGGUAGAGUAGUAGCAGUGAAGCAGCUAAAGGCAGGCAGUGGGCAGGGUGAGCGGGAAUUCAGGGCAGAAGUUGAGAUCAUCAGCCGGGUUCACCAUCGGCAUCUUGUCUCUCUGGUUGGCUACUGUAUUGCAGAUAGUGACCGUUCCCUCGUAUAUGAGUUUGUCCCAAACAAUACCCUCGAGCAUCAUUUACAUGGUAACUUGGAACGCUGUGUUUUCUCAAUGUAGCUUAUGGAAUUUCUGUUUUGUUCAAAGCUAAAGAUAGACACAUAUGCAUAUAUAUAUGCAGGUAGGGGUCUCCCUGUGAUGGAUUGGGGAAAAAGACUAAAGAUUGCUAUUGGAUCCGCACGUGGAUUGGCAUACCUCCAUGAAGACUGUACGUAACAUACGAUUUGUUUGUUCCCAGAUAUUAUAAUUACGAACCUUCUCCCUUUCUCUGAUUCAGGUCAUCCUCGGAUAAUACAUAGGGAUAUCAAAUCGGCUAACAUUCUUUUGGACAAUUUUUUUGAGGCACAGGCACGUAUAUCAUUUCUCAAGAACAAUCUACAUGAAAGAAUUACAUGUUAAAGGAAAUUUUGCAUGUUAAACUGCAGGUUGCAGACUUUGGACUUGCUAAACUAUCUAAUGACACGAAUACUCAUGUUUCAACUCGCGUCAUGGGUACAUUUGGGUUUGUAUUAAUUUUCAUUACCCGUUGGAUUCGCAGUUCUAUUCUUCUUGAGCUUUGGGGUGUUUCCCUUAUCCUUGUGCUAUGAAUUUAAGUGGAUAUAAAUCCGCGGUUCAUCUUGUUCCUCCGACAUUUCAUCUUCACCUCAGGUACAUGGCACCAGAAUACGCAUCAAGUGGGAAGUUAACUGAUCGAUCCGAUGUGUUUUCAUUUGGAGUGGUGCUCCUGGAGCUUAUAACAGGGCGUAAACCAGUUGAUCCAUCUCAACCCUUGGGUGAUGAAAGUUUAGUUGAAUGGGUAAAAUCUCGUGUACAUCUUCACAGUUAGAUUUCCCAAUAUGCACGCAAAUAUAUCCAUACAUUUGGAAAUAAUAUUGUGACAAGUCAACAAUGACACAUUCAGAUGAGAACAUCAUUACUGGGCUUCUUGUUCUCCAUCAAGGAAUAUACUUCCAUUUUGCAGUGUGACAACAGCUAGAAGGAAGAUGGCGAUUGUCUUUUUUUCCUCGUAUUAUCAUCGUGCAAUUCAAUGAGAAAAACACUGAGAAGCCAUAGGUUGAUGCCAGCUUCUCUUGGGUCUAAUGUUCGAGUGUAAAAUAGUACAGACUUCUCUAGCUUAAAGUUUGUUAAACUUGCCUAUUGUUGCUUGGUAUCAAAAAAGCUUCUUGAUGAAAAACCACCGUGGUUUCUCUAAAUAUUUCCCUAGGUUACGAAAUCUUCACCAUUUUAUGAUCCGCAACAACUGAGAACUGGUAAUACUCACAUUUUUGGAUUGUAUUGACUAAUUCCUGCUAGUGUUAUUUCUUUGUCAAUGAUGUAUCAUGGUUUUCGAAAUCUCUUGUCAAGUCUCUGUUUCUUCAUUUGUGACUCCCGUGAAAUAUUCUAAAAAAUAAAAAACACAAAACAUUCCCGUCCUUGGGCAGCAGUUUAUCACCAUAAUAUCAUUGUUUUUCAUUCUUUCUCCGUGCCUCAAUAAAAACAUAUGGAAAAAGAGAGAUGGUUCACAUUUGGUCAGCCCAUAGAAUAUGAACCACAUUUGGUCAGCCACAUUUGUCUAAGUAAAUUUCCGAUGAAGGUCAUUUACUUAUCUACUGUGCAUCGUAUCUUAAGUGUUCUCUUCAACGCAGAAGCUGGAUCUCCUGAUGUUUGUAGCCCACCCGAUUUACUGUUUGAAGAAAAAAAUAUAGAUCAGUAGUAUGAUGGAAAAUAAUAGAAAAAAAUUGAUAAUUUUUAGGCAGGCUGGUGACUCUUGUUUGCGGCUCAUUCAUCUUUGUGAUAGAGCCUAGAAGCAAAAAUCCUCAAAUUUUCAAAUAGUCCACUGUUCAACUCUGAUACACAAUCUUAAUCUCAAUCUUCUCUUAAGGGUGUUGAGUCAGGAACAGAAAUUCUGAUAUUUUUAAUUCGUGGUUCUUAAAUCACAUCUAUUUUUAAAUGCACGUACGAGCAGUAGUAGGAAACGGUCUUUGACAGGGUAAAGUUAACUGACGAUCAGUCGUACUUAUCAUUUGGUGCUGGUGUCUAAUCAAUUCACUGCUUUAAUCCACUGAGAGUGACAGUUCAUGUCUUUUCUACUCACAGGCAUUAAUCUUCUUACUAUUUCCUCCUAUGAAUAUCAAUUUUUCUAUUAAUAUCUUAUAGCUUUGCAUUAGCAUCCAUAGAGUCAUGAGGAAACCUUGGAAGAUAUUGUGUAUGCCAAUUUUUUAUUUGCAACCUAUUAGCUAACUCUAAGUUGAGACGAGUCUGGUGUCACGUAGGCCUUGUUGCACUACACGCGUUCAGUUUCAGGAAUGAAAUCUCCUGUUUUUUGAAGCAUUUCAAAAAAAUGGCACCCUUUUAGCUUCAUACACAAACUUCAUACACUACAUAAUCUUAGUUACAUAAUCUCACAAAUCCUUUAUACAGAGGGUCCGCUAUAUUUUGAACAUAGCUCUAGGAAUGUCCGCACUUCCCAACUUUAUUCUACGUGGGUCGUCCCAUUAAAUAUUGAUAGUUUCUAAAAACUGAUUAUUUAUCCUCUCAACAAUCAGAGUUCUUUUUCUAAUAUAUUUUUUAAACUAAUCUAAUUAUUUAAAUUCUGAAACUACUAAAAUGUUUCUGAAAACUAACAAUUUAUCUUGUUAUGAAGCAGCCCCUAAUUCUUGUCAAAAUUUUAUUCUGAAAUAUUGUUUAUCCUGCGAUCAUUAAUUUCCUUUGUCUUCCCCGAUCUCAUCUUGUGGUUCUACACAGGCUCGUCCUCGUCUGGUUCAUGCUCUUGAGACAGGAGGCUUUGAAGAGCUGGUAGAUCCGAGGCUCGAGGGCAAUUAUUCCAAGGGCGAGAUGUUCAGAAUGGUAGAAGCUGCUGCCGCCUGUGUCCGACAUUCUGCCCCCAAACGACCUCGCAUGGUGCAGGUGUGUUCCUCCAGAUGAACCACCACACAACUAAAUAAAAUUUAGCUUCAAAUCCACAGUGAUUACUUGCCGAGAAGCACCAUUACUUGCUAAUUUCUCACUCCAGCGUAACCCACUUACGUAAAAUUUGCUGGUGGGUUUCAAGUAGCAUGUUCCUUGAAUGGAAGUCCCAACUCCAGAUUAUCUCAUCACGUAAAAUCUGCUGUGUAAAGUAAUUGCGACGUCUAACCUCUUUUGUUCCAUGAAGACCAUAACGAUGAAUCGCACAUAAACUGCAGCAUUUUCUAAUUCCGCAUUGAAAUGUCAUUAUAUGAAAUCUGCUGUGUAUGCCAACCGCAUCAUCAAAUUUGUUUCUUUUUUUGGAAAAUUCGAUACCAAAAUACCUGCCCAGAAGUCCUAUCAUUUCCUAGUUUAAUGAGGAAACCUCAUUCAACGAAUAGUAAUAGAGAUAUCUGAAAAUCAAUGUUUUCAAGUUAAUAUGUUCCUCAGACCGAAAAUUUUAAAUCCGUACCGAUUGCCUUCACAUAAGCUGCAUCAUCCCUGUCCAAUUGCCAACUUUCAGAUUGUCCCAUCAGGAACACGCAGCGCAUAGAAAUAGCAAUGCUUAAGUUCCAAUACUUUUACCCAUGAAAAGAGAAAAAACUAAUGUAUCUCUCUUCUGCUCCAGGUGCUACGGGCGCUGGACAAUGAAGGCGACCUACCAGACCUGACCAACGGCGUGAAGUUUGGGCAGAGCACGGUGUUCGAAUCCAGGCAACAAUCUGCCAACAUGCAGCAGUUCCGGCGGAUGGCCUUUGGCAGCAGCGAUUACAGUUCCGACUACUAUGGGAACUCUGGAGACUAUGAUCGCCGGAGUUCCGGGCAAUACAGUGGUGAGUACAACGCCCCCGCCAGGGAGGCCCACCACUACCCACUGAACCCUUCAAGGCCCAGAGAGCUUGAAUAA